GGAAGGAAAUAUUGGAUGAUUGGGUGAGGCUGCACAACUCAGGUGGUGAUGGUAGUGGCUCCAUCAUAUGCGAUGGUGACUCACCUGACAAAGUCCAAUCCAAGUACCAUCAAAAUACUCAUGGAGUCAAAUUCAGAACCUGAGGAGUGCUACUCAGAUCACCUAACCAACUCAGUUAAAUCCUUUUUUAUGAAAGAUUUGAAAGGUGUGUAGCUCAAUUUCCCUUAAUGUUGUCAUUCUACAUAAAAGCACCGCCCUCCCGUGGUUGCUGAUUCCCUGUACCAGGCACUUGGUAUUCCUCCCACGUUCUUUGCGAUAGGGACUUGGUAUUCCUCCGAGCACGGCUUCAACGACGGCAACUGCGACCAGGCACGCAGGCCGCACCGGGUGGUGGUCGAAUCGAGGGAGGCCAUGCCCCUGUCCUUCGACAACUCCACCACCGAGGAUUCAGCGGCUGCCGUGAAGCCUAAGCCCAAGGUCAGGGUCAGGAAGAACCCCAUGAAGCAGUCAUGCUUCGACUUCACCAAGGUGGACGUCGUGCUUCUCCCCAUCGUCUUCCUCCUCGUCCGCCCCAAUGUUGGCAAGUCAGCCCUCUUCAACAGGUGAGAGGCACCUUAGGAAGGCAUCGGUCAUUGCCUCUCGCCUGUAGUUUCUAUGCCGCUAUGAGGGGUGGUGGCAUUUCCUCAAAUACGUUGCAUGUAUCACUGUAACUGUUCUUCCCCUUCUGUUACCAUUAACCCAUGCAUCUAAUUACUUGUAUAUUUUAUGUUACCGUUUUCCUGUUCUCAACAUUUCAGAUUCUAGAUGAUGGUACGACAAAUUAUUUUAGGAGUGCUUUGCCAUAAUUUAAAGCUUGGAAGGGAGCUUUCUAUGAUUUAUUUUUCUGACUGUUUCGUCACAUGUUCUUUCCCUAGAUGAAAGUCUUGAUUUAUUUUUGGUUCUGCAGGAUCAUUGCGUCUCUGCGAGCUAAUCAGCUCUGUGAGCGUCUCCCUAGCCCCAAUGGCGAGUCAACUGUUGAUUGCCAUCAGAUCUCAAAGAUGCCAAAUCUUGCAUUCACCAUAGCAAAUAAGACUUUCACCUUAACACCAGAGCAGUACAUAGUGAAGCUGGAGCAAGCAGGACAAACUAUCUGCAUCAGUGGGUUUAUGGCAUUUGACGUACCGCCUCCUCGUGGUCCUCUCUGGAUACUUGGUGAUGUUUUUAUGAGUGUCUACCACACUGUUUUUGACUUCGGCGAGAACAUGAUUGGGUUUGCCAAAUCUGCAUGAGGACUGGAGUUCUGCGCUUUAGUAGCAUGUCCAGUUUGUUAUCCCGGUAUUGUACAUAUAUAUGUUGCCAACUGGUGUAAUCCGCAGUGUUUAAUAGUAUAUAUUCAUGCAGAAAUCUAGAAGAUUGUGGCAUGAUAUGUGUUUGCAAAUGGAGCUAUGUUAUGUAUGGAGCUCCAGGACCUAGAGUUUUAUGUAAAGGGAGACGAUGAGGAUUAGGGCUUUUAACCUAUUCUCAUCACGUUAUUGUCCUGAUUACUAUG